AUGGAGCAAGGUUUGUCGGAGGAGAACAGAGUUCAGACACCGGCCUUCACAGACGCGGUGCGGCUGUACCGUCAGGCUAAAGGACAGUACGGCACGUGGGACCUCAUGUGCGGACCACCGGUUCAAAUUCUGUCCAACCUGGUGAUGGAGGUGCUUCACCCGGAGCUUAGGGACCUCAUCUCUCCUCGACUCAAAGGGAAACUCCACGACCGACAGAGGCACUGGAUUCUGAUCAGUGAUGCAGUGUACAGCCUUGUGCAAAGCCAGUGCCAGGCCCAGUACGAGGCCCUCCUGCAGAGCUGUGAGGCGGCCCACCCAGCCCUAGAGGCCUCGGUGAGGACCGACAUGGACCAGAUUAUCACCUCUAAAGAGUACGUCAGCAACAAGAUCAGAGGGGUGGUCCUGCCAAAAGCGGAGAAGCUCCUGAAGGUCAGUAUUGAGCCGUACAUCGCGUCCAUCCUGGAGGCGCUGAUGGAGCCCACGAGCCGCGGCUUCUCUGAGGUCAGAGAGCUGUUCUUCAGGGAGAUGGUCGAUAUGAGCGAGAACACUCUGAACAAUGGGACAAGGGACACGGUGGCCCAGCACAUGGAGAAGAUCUCGAUCUUGGCAUUCCACCCGGUGAAGAUGCAGAGCUGUUAUGAGAAAGUGGAAAAUCUGAGUCUGGACGGUCUGCAGCAGCGCUUUGACGUCUCCAGCCCUAGUGUGUUUGUGCAGAGGGCCCAGAUACUCAUGAGAGAGCAAAUGGACGACGCCGUGUACACGUUUGAGAAGAUCCUCCACCAAAGUCUGGAGUCCCAGGGCAGUGACGAGCUCUGCAAGACCAUCCAGCGGUGCCAGGACCGGGUCAUCAAGAAGUUUGACUAUGACAGCAGCACGGUGAGAAAGCGGUUCUUCCGGGAGGCCCUCCUGCAGAUCUUCAUCCCCUACAUGUUGAAGCAGCUCAGCCCGUCCUGUGCCUCUGAGCUGCCACAGUUCCAGGAGCUGAUCUUUGAGGACUUCUCUCGCUUUAUCCUGGUGGAAAACAUCUUUGAGGAAGUUGUGCUGCAUUCGGUGAUGAAAGACAUCAUGAUGGCCGUGAAGGAAGCAGCCAUCCAGCGACGACACAACUUGUACCGGGACAGCAUCGUUCUUAGCAACAGCGACCCAAGCCUGCACCUCCUGGGAGAGAACCCCUCCAUCGAUUGGGCCGAGGAGUAUGGAGCAGAGGCCAAAGAAGAAACCAAGUUUGACGCAACGAAUGGAGUGGACAAUGGGAAAACCCAUAGAACCCGCCGGAUGAAGCAAGUUGUGUCUAUGAUCCAAGUCGAAGGAAGCCCCAUCAUUCCAGAUUCGUGCUUGGAAGUGCCUGGUGUUGAGGACAUCCCAGAGGAGGAAGAGGGCGAGGUGGCAAAACAACAGGAUGAAAAAGUGGAAGAUGAAGCGGCGAAAGAGGAGCCUUCUGACGGACAAUUGGUAGAAAAUUCCGUCAAACCUAUAAAGCCGGAUGAUGGGAAAGCUGAGCCUUGUUCGGAAAAGGUAACGCAAGAUUCCCCAGUUGCAGGAGAGGAAACUGCAACAGAACCUACUCAAGAGCUCUCUUUGACGGCUGAAGUUCAGGCUACAGAACCUACUCCAGAGGUUCCAUUGACGGCUGAAAUUCAGGCAACAGUACCUACUCCAGAGGUUCCAUUGACGGCUGAAAUUCAGACUACAGAACUUUCUCGAGAGGUCCCGUUGAUUGCUCAAAAUGUAGAAGAACCUAAAUCUACUCAAGAAGUUUUUGCUGAAAAUCCAAUGAGUUCUGAACCAACGUUAGAACCCAAAAUGACCAAAAACUCACAAACCAAAGACGACGUUAAAGCAGUUGUUGCAAAUGGUGUGGAAAUUUCGCCUGCCAAAAGUGACCAAGGAGCUGCGUCGACAAACGUGGAAGAAUCUACAGAAGAGCCCUUGCCUCCACCUCCUCCGGAAGACGGGGCUCCCGACACUGCGACCCAAAACGGCGAUUCUGCAGAAAGAUCGGCAGAGUUCCCGCCUCCUCUGCACGAUGACAGCGGAUUUCAGAGCCCCACAAGCGAUGACGAAGUGGCAAAUUCGCAGAUGAAGACCGUGGUGGAGGCGAGCGACAAGUAA